AUGGAAAACUUUGAACUUCGCUGUAAUCACAAGGGGGGGAAUUAUAUUGGGGGAGAUGAUGUUUUUGACGUGAAAUGUGACGACAUGCUCUGUUACACAACCAUUGUCAAUAAUCCUACAAGCCUCUUGAGGUGGAUUGCUGAAUUGUUUGGGACUAAGCUACCACAUCGUGGCAACAGGCUUAGGGUCUCUAUGGACAUGAUUUGGGACAAAUACUGUGAUGAUGGCCGACUCAAAACUCCUGCUACCCUUCAAUUCUGUCACGAGAGUUGUUGCAUCAUCUAUCAUGUUUAUCCUCCGGAUAACUUUCCAACUUCUUCACUAGAGAAUUUCUUGAAUCACAGUUGCGUAGAUUUUGUUUGUUUUGGAUUGAUUGAGAAAGUCAAUUAUCUUCGUAAGACACACAAUCUUGAAGUGAAGAUGGAACACUGGUAUGAGAUCCCGUUUUUGGCCACUGUGUUGGAUCCAAACAGGUUUCGUCUCAAUUUCCAUUCGCCUCUACAAGAUAUGGUAUACAUUGAGUUCUCGAAGUCGUAUAAAAAACCUGAUGACCUUCUUAAAAGCAACUGGAGGCUGGUUCCACUUCCUCUUGAUAAAGUAAUGUAUGCAGCCCUAGAUUGCUUUUUUGCCUACAAGUUGGCAGCUCGGCUCUCCAUUCCUGAACGAUCCUAA